AUGUCAAAAAAAGACUUAUUAAGAUGUGAAAUCGAAAUUAACCCUAGUGAACUCGCAAUCACAAAAUUAUUGAACCCUAAACCAAAGUUUGAGUACUUCUAAUCAUCUAUGUUACAAAAAAUCCAGAAUUUUUUACCAGAAUUUAAAAAAGCAAAUGAACAGCUUGAAAAUACUGAUAAUCUAAAACAGUUCUAAAUUGACGAUUAAAAUGCAUUAAUUAGAAGACAUAUAGAAGAUCUAAUACCUGAUCCUAAAUUAAGAAAGUAUUGUAGAAGAACUGGAAGAUAGUAAAAAAUGAUCAAUCUGGUAAUUAUUAAUAUUUAACUUUAUAAGGAUUUGUAUAUGGGAGUUAUGGAUACUAAUAAGGAUUUUAAGGAAUGA